GUGGAAUUUAUUCUGAAAACCCAAAAUUUUGUUCCGGUUAAGAGAGGGGUUCGCUUAUCCGCAAGUAGAGGUUUCACUGUAUUAUGUAUACUUUUUAAAUAUCUCAAUAAUUGUUUACGGCAGCAAAUGUAUACUCUACGUAUAUACAUAUAUCCAUUAAUUGUCAGACCAGAUAGAUUAUAUGUAAUCUAAACUAGAGGUAUAAUGAGUUAAAAAAUACUAAACCAAUGAAUAUUUGGACUUGUCUGAAUAGCAAAAGAUGUGUUAUUGGUCAGUAAAAUGCAAUAUUUGUGGGGAUUUACUUUCAUUGCGCUUUUUACAACAAGCUCAUGGACUGGCAAUAGUAUAGGUGUCGCUUCGAGUUUUUUGCAAUUUGAACAGUUCCAUUCGCAAUCGUUUGUGCCGAACGCUUUGCACAUUUCAUAUCGUGUUGAAAAUAAUAUUGGCAUCUAUUAUAAUGUCUCAGCGCUGCAGUCAUUUCCGGGGAAAAUACUCUUCAACAUAUUCAUACGCAAAAUUGGCAAAAAUUUGGGUGAGAAAUCGGUCAAUAUAUUUAAACACAAAAAUUUGGACUUAUGCAAAAUCAUCGAAAUGUUGCAUAAUUUUACUAAGGAGGAGUGUAAAAACGAAACGAUACUGCAGAGUACCUUUAUCAAUUCGUGCCCGUUUAAACGCGGCUUUUACUACGUGGAUAACGGCACUGUUAGAAUGGAAGCGAUGCCGCUAUAUUUUAAUCGUGGGAUCUAUUGGGUACAUGUCGAGUUAGUACAGGUAUUUGGUGAGGUGACCAAAUUAAUGAAUGUGAAAGCAAAAUGUCGCUACGAACCAGAAGAGUUUGAAGGUGAUUUGAAUAUAUUCUCUAUUUUUACAAACGCUUACAACAACAAUUUGCAGUCGCUGCUAAAUGUAAAGUCAAAUGAUUUUGCAAAUUUUUAUGCAUAUUGCAUGAAAAGAAUGAAUACUUUGCGAGUUUUUUAGAUGCACAUAUACUUGUAUACAGACAGAUAUGGUAUAUACCUAUACAUAUAAACAUUUUGUUAAAUGUGAAGUCAGUAAAUGUAAGAAAGGGUAAAACGAAGAUCUUCAAUCGUUGGUCUGUUAGGGAAACGAUUUUGUGGUUAAAAUUGUUUUAUGUUUACAUACAUAUUUAUUUAUGUUAAUUAUGAAAUCAUAGAUGGAUAAACAAAAGAGAUAAAGAACAAUAUUAAAAUCGGGAACCCGUUUCCAAAGAAUUUUAUUGAUGGUUAUUUAUAUAUGUAUUUGUGUAAAUGUAAGGGCAUUGAAUUGUUAAAUAAAUUAUAUCAGCUUAUACAUAUAUUUACAUGCUAAAUUAAAAGUAAUAAAAUAAUAAAUAAAUAUACUAUGAAUAUA